AUGGCCAACUGGAACGUCAAGCUCAAAGAACUCUACCCUGCCGUUGCCUCCCCCCUACGUCACGUCUUCACGAGUGCUGUGAUUGAGUCCAACCAGUUCCACAUCCUCAUGUGCUCCGACUCCAAAUUGAUGGCCGGCGAGGAUAAUACACAGAAGACGGAACUGGUCCGGGCGCUCCUGAACCUGUGGACGCAGGACAGCAAGCUGGCCUUCUUCGUGCCAUUCGGGCGAGGCCCGCCGGUACAGCACACGGGGCGCUCGUUGCAUGAGCUCAACUCGCGACUGGCCUCCGCGGCAGAGAUCAACCCGGACGACCUGGAGAUGUUUGUGUACCUGACCACGCUGCUGCUGAACAACUUGACCACGCUGCUGCUGAACAACCAGAACCCCCGGCCGAUCCGACAGGCGGCGAUGACCGUCCCGCGCGCCUAA